AGUGACGCCCAGGAGAACCCGCAGGGAGGGUGGGUUGGACACCCGCGAGUGGCCGCCGGCGCCCGCUCCGAAGGAAAAGUGAAAUCUUCCCACUGGGGCUGGGUCACGUGAAUAGGGCUGGGCCGGGACCCUUCACCUUGAUCCCGCGAUGACCCCGCAAUCUUUCUGCUCCAGGAAAUUCUAGGGGUUCCUAAGCAGAGCCUGGGGCAUGGCGGUCAGCCACCCCCAUUGCCUAUACUUCCUGGGCCUGAUUUGUGAAGCCGUCUUUUGGGAGCCUCAGGGAAUCCCGAGGCGACCCGAUCCCAUUAGAAGUUUUAAGAACUGAUGAACCAAAAGGAGAGUUUCAAAGAGUUGCUGUGCCUUGUGAUGAAAUCAUGUUCAGUUCUGCCUUCAAAGCUGAUCGCCUUCGGGCCAACUUGCAACUGGCUGUCAGUCGCCUAAAACUCCUGGAAAGAAAGAAAACCGAGCAGGCCCAGAAAGCAAGGAAAGAGAUUGCUGACUAUCUGGCUGCUGGGAAAGAUGAGCGAGCUCGGAUCCGAGUGGAGCACAUUAUCCGGGAAGACUACCUCGUGGAGGCCAUGGAGAUCCUGGAGCUGUACUGUGGCCUGCUGCUGGCCCGGUUUGGCCUGAUCCAGACCACACAGGAACUGGACUCGGGUCUGGCUGAAUCUGUGUCUACACUCAUUUGGGCAGCUCCUCGACUCCAGUCAGAAGUGCCUGAAUUGAAAAUAGUAUCUAAUCAGCUGUGUGCAAAGUACAGCCAAGAAUAUGGGCGCCUGUGUCGAACCAGUGAGAUUGGAACUGUCAGCCCUCGGGUAGUACCAUUUCCAAAGACACACAUUUUUCGAAACCAGGAAGACUGGGAAAAGCUGAGCAAACUCAAAACAUAUAAUUCUGUGCAGAGCGAAAGAUGUGUAGAAGUAAUUUUUGCAUUGGAGCUCAUGUGUAAAUUAAAUGUGGACACUCUACCCCAGGUUCUAGUGGAACAGUAUCUGAUAGAAAUUGCCAAGAACUAUAAUGUGCCAUAUAAAUCCCAGGCAACAAUUAUGGCUGAAGCCCCAGCAGACCUGGUUAGUGUUGGAUUUACCGAUGAUGUCAAGAAAGGUGCCCACGACAAUGGAGGUGGAACUGUAGCCAGACCUGGUGAUGCACUUGAGGCAUUGCCAGUGUCUGCAUCGGGGCCCUUACCUGUGCCGUCCUCAGUUCCUGGUCCCUCAUCGCUUCCUUAUGAAAGACAGAAUGACUCCUAUAAGAACAAUUUGCCUCCUAUACUGGUUCCUGGUCCUCGACCCAACCUCGAAACUUCUCCAAAGCCAGCAUCAAGAACCAAGAUUGGUUUUGAUAACUUUAUGCCUGAUUUGCCUGAUGCAAAACCUCAAGCAAGCCUUUCCAUUGACCCUUAUGAUUCGGAAGAAGUUGAUUUUGAAGAUCUCGACCGGAGACUUGAAAUACUGAAGAAAGCCAUAUAAUUCCUUAGUCCUAGAUUGAGUAUUUGCCUGGGAGUUAGGGCUCUUGCACACAAAUUUUAAUAUGGCCAUUGAUGUGUCAGUGUGAAGUUUUCUAAUUUAGAAUUCCUUCCAUCUCUUAAAUCAUAUGGUUCUCUGUCUGUAAUAAUGUGUAUGUUUCUCUGUUUGUGUGAAUAUAUAUAUGAUCAUAUAGUUAUUCCCAUUUCUUAAAAUUCUGUAAUUCUUAGAUGAACAUUCUUGACCUAUAGAGUUUUAUUAAUUAUAGUCAAUAAACUUUCAUUUUUCUCUGAGAUUC